GCAUUUCUUGGCUCUCCUAGUAGUGGCAAAUCCGGACUGAUUCAUUUUUUCCUUACUGGUGUCUACGUUCAAGACGAAUCGCCAGAGGGUGGUCGGUUUAAAAAGCUGUACUUCAGUCAUUCGCAGCCCCAACUUCUACUUAUUCGUGAUGAGGCCGGUGCACCUGAUAUUCAGCUGGCCAGUUGGGCUGAUGCGCUUGUCGUCGUUGUAAGUCUGGCAGACGCGGAAUCAGUAAGAAUCGCAAGCGAAUAUUAUACAAUGUUUUGUGGGUUACGUGAUAAGCUGGACAUUCCCACAAUGCUGAUUGCUACACAAGAUGCCUUAGUCACCGGUCCCUCUGCCCCGGCCAUUGAGCUGCAUGUACGGCACCUAUUGAAUUCCAUGAAUUGGUGUCCUUAUUAUGAGACAUGCGCAGUUUAUGGUUUGAAUGUCGAACCUGUCUUUCAAGAGAUUGUUGCCCGUGUACUAUCACAACGGGAUAGUGCACCACAUGGGGACAAUUCGAAUAGUGAUGCUCGAUCUGGUCGUGCUCCAUCGUGCUCCUCGUCCUGUUUGGCGCCGAACACUUUGCCAAUGCCAACAUGCUUGUCAAAUUCGGAGGCAAAGGUAUUCACACAUUUUGCAUUUUUGCGUUUUUAUUAA